CGCUGUUGUUGGGUUUAAACAUAAACCUUUAGAGAUCCGGAUGUGGCAGUUUACAACAUGAACCGAGGGACCGAUUCAACCGAACGCCUCUGUAUGCGACACCGAGGUUUCCAGGUUGAGAGUUCGUUUGGGACUUUGAACGUUAGACUCGUCGUGUAUAUAAAUCUCCCCGCAUUGCCCCAUGGUCUGAGUCCAAACUCCGACUCUGUCCCCCACAUCCUAUUGUAUUUCCGUGACAUGGAACUCUACCAUAAACAUCGAGAUAUGCAAGUUGAGAGUGGAGAUCACAAAGAUGAAGCCGUGGUCGAGGUUACAGAUGCCGCCGCUGAGAAGCGUCUCGUGAGAAAAUUAGAUUUCUGGUGAGUCCGCUUGGUCACAAGUCCAGACCAUGAGCUCAUUCAGUGUAUAGGAUUCUGCCCCUGAUGAUGGUCACCUACUUCCUCCAAGCAUACGACAAGGGUAUCUUAUCUUCCUCCACCCAAUUCGGUAUACUCGAUGAUCUACACCUCAGCAAGGUCAUCGGACACACUAAAUCUGGGAAAGCCAUCACCGACAAUAAGAAGUUUGCCAAUGUGUCGAUGAUCUUCUACAUUGGAUAUCUCGUGGGGACCUACCCUAUGAUGCUUCUCGCCCAGAGGUAUUCUCCUUCUCGUGUUCUUGGCGGCGCGACGAUCAUCUGGGGAGCCGUCGUCAUGUCCACCGCUGGUUGCACUACCUACGCUGGAUUAAUGGUCAAUCGAGUAUUCCUUGGAGUCUUUGAAUCGGCCGUGGCGCCAGGAUUCACCGUUCUCGUCACCUUCUGGUGGACUCGAGAGGAACAGGCUCUACGAUUGAGCUUUUGGUACUCUUGUGUGGGGCUUGCCACCGUUGUCUCACCUUUACUCAAUUACGCCUUGGGCCAAAUCCACUCUCAUUUCCUCCCUUGGAAACCCCUGUUCUUGAUCCUCGGUGCCGUCACUGUCGUAUGGGGAUUCGUCUUGACGUUUACUCUGCCCGACGACCCUCUCAAGACUAAGGGUCUUAACGAGGAUGAACGAAAAAUCGCCAUUGCGCGAUUAGAGCGAAACCGAGCCGGAACCAUCAACCACAACUUCAAGGGAGAACAGAUCAAGGAAGCCUUUACCGACUACAAAGUGUGGUCCAGUGCUCUGAUUAUUCUUCUUACCGGAGUCCCAUCUGGAGCCCUCGGAACCUUUGGAACGCUCGUCAUCAAUGGCUUUGGAUAUAACCACUUCCACUCGCUGGCCCUCACCUGCCCGAUUGGCGCCAUCACUUUCGUCAGUAUCAUGGCCGCUGGUUACCUCAACCGAAGGGUUCCCAACAUGCGAUACAUCACUAUCCUCGUCACAGUCCUCAUCUCCAUGGCUGGUACACUGAUCUGCUGGAUCAAGGGCCCAACAGGCCACAAGGGUCUAUUGUACGCUGGCAUCCUCCUCUUGGCCAUUCAGGUGGCUGCUGGAGGCCUUGCCGUCUCCCUUGCCGCAUCAAACAUUGCUGGACACACCAAAAAAUCAAUGGUCAGCGCCACCACUUUUGUGGGGUACUGUGUUGGUAACAUUAUCGGACCCAACAUAUUUGGCGCCUCACCUGCUCCAGUGUAUCACGCAGGUUUCAUGGGCAGUACCAUCUGUCUCGCGCUCGUCGCUGUCAUCGCGACUGCGAGCUAUAUCGCUCUCCGCAUGGAGAAUGCACGCCGGGACCGCAGGACGGGAGAGGCGUCAGCACGAGUGUACCACCAUCAUUUUGACGAGGAUCUGUCGGACAAGCAGAAUGAAGACUACAGGUACAUUUUGUAAUAAUGUCGUCAACGCUUGCGAUGCAUUGAGUGAGAGGUUC